GCUAAAGACCUUAUAAAAUCCAUAUUACAACUUGAACCAAAAGAACGACCAACAUUAAAACAGAUUUUACAACAUGCAUGGUUUACGAAAAAUGAAAAGGAACCUAUAAAACAAGCAACAAUAGUACAAUCGGGAAAUAAUAACGACGCAAUUGGGCAUCUUGAACGUCAACGACAAGAAAUUUUUUUAUUAAAACAAAAACAAGAUGCACAAAAUUAUUAUCCACCGGGAUUUAUUCGCAACAAAGGGGGUGAUGUAGCAUCAAUAGCACCUUCUGCAUUUCAAACACGAUUAACAGGAAUGACAACUGCGAUAGAUAGUUGUUCUACAUCGCGGAAAACUUUUGGUCCUUCAACUUCAAAAUCAUCUCGAAGAUCCUCGAUUGAUAGUAAGACUUUUAAUGAAAAGAUUUUUUUUACAACUCCUGAAGAAAAAGAAUUAUUAGAUAAACUAGAAGGCUUAGGUUUUGAUGUCCAAGCUAUAAAAUCUAGUGUUUUAGAAGGCAAAGUAGACUCUGCUAGUGGACUUUGGUGGCUUUUAUUAACAAAACUAAGAGAAAAAAUAAGGAUUGAAGGUGCACCAAGUUCAGUAACAAUGGUAGACGUUGCUGUUGGUACUAGUGAUGAUGAAUUAGAAAUUGCAGAUGAUAUUGAGGAAGAACCUGAUAGCAUGGACUCGCCUGUAGAUAGUAACAUGUCAUCUCAGGAAGAUGAUUGUAAUAAAAUAAUAGCUGAAAAUUCUAUGAAAGUUCCGGAAAAGAUGUUACCACCUACACCACCACCUAAAACAUAUCAUACAGCUCCAGCUUCGC